AUGAAGUGAAUGGUAAAAAGAUGCUGUGGAUGAACCCAGGAGAAGGGAAGUACAUCAGGUGUGACUAUGACCAACCAGUAUGUCCAUACAGGGGUGUGGUUACUUGUGAUAAUGAGAUCUAUGGCUUGGCUACAGAUCCAGACAGCAUCUAUCUGUGUAAAUACAACCAUGUUGAGAACAAGUGGGAACAAAAGUCUACUGUGUGCAAAGGAUGUGAAAAACCGGGACGUCCAUACCUGAUGGAAGUUGAUGGACAUCUUUUUUACGUUGAUGAAUAUCCAGUGGUACCGGUAUUGAAGAAAUACAACCAGCAUAAGAAUGAGUGGCAAAACUGUUCAACACCUGAUAUUGGUGAGUUUGACUGCCUCUUUGCAGUGUCCUGCAAUCAGCACAUCUACCUCUUCACACUUGCAGAGAUGCAUUGGUACGACCCAAGGGAAGACCGGUGGUCCAAGAAAGCCCUGUCAGUCUACAGUCCUAAAGUGGAACUAGACUUCGGUAUGGCAGGUGCCAUGGGAACAGAGAUCUUUUGGAUGGAUCCUGGCUACUCCAACAUGUUGGUGUAUGAUACAGAAGCAGACAGCUGGUCUGAACAUCCAGUCCCAAACUUUCAUGUUAAUCCAAACAUAUACGUUGAAAAUGGAGCCUUCUUUGUACUCCAAAAUAAGCUGCAUGCAAUUGUGGAUUAUGAUUCCCCGAAUCAAGAUGACGAGCUAGAGCUAUUUCAAGAGGUUUUCGUGUAUGACAGGCCUGAAGGUGUUUGGAGAGAGUCAUCUGAACUGCCUUUUGGGCGGCAGUGUGUGUACAAUUCUAUGAACGCUGUGGCUCGUAUGUACCUACCAUAUCUGAACACCAGCCAAGCUGACACACAGGAUGCAGCAAACCCAGAGGGACCAAGUGGAGAAUAGUUUUGGUAGUGUACAACCCAUCUAGCCUGGUUACCGAAC